AUGAAUCCUUUGUUAUUUAAAAAAUGUAAAAUAAAUUUGUUUAAGAAUAAUAGAAUUUUUAAUAAAGAAAACUAUGGAAUAAAAUUGGCCUUACUAGUAAGCAGUGGCAUUGGAUGCUAUUUUUUAAGCAGUGAAUCAAAUAGAAAAGAGUUGCGACGAUGUUGUAUGGACUUAAAAAAAAAUAUAAAUAAAAUACUUUAUAAUAAUAAAAAUUAUAUUUUACUAGAAAAUAGUGUUUUUUGUGAUAAUGCAAAUAACCACUACCAUCCGUUAUGGAGAUCAGAAGAAAAAAGGCCUUUUGAGAAAAAAAUGGAAAAUGCAAUUUUAUUUAGUGGGACAUCUAACCCUACAUUAAGUCAAAAUAUAGCAGAUCAUUUAGGUACUAUUUUAGGAAGAGUAAAUUUAAAAAGAUUUGCUGAUGGAGAAGUAUCAAUGCAAUUUCUGGAGAGUAUAAGAGGAAAAGAUGUUUACAUUAUACAGCCGACUUGCCCACCAGUAAAUGAAAAUUUAAUUGAAUUGUUAUUAAUGAUAUCAACAUGCAGGAGAGCAUCAGCAAAAAAAAUUACUGCUGUUAUUCCAUAUUAUGGAUAUGCAAGGCAAGAUAGAAAAUUAAGUUCAAGAGUACCAAUAUCAGCAGCUGACGUGGCAAGAAUGAUAGAAGCUAUGGGAGUUGAUAGGGUAGUAGCUAUUGAUUUACAUUCAGGUCAAAUUCAGGGAUUUUUUGGACCUAGAGUUCCAGUUGAUAAUUUAGAAGCCCAGUUAAUAGGUUUAGAUUAUUUCACAAAAAAAGAUUUAUAUAAACCUGUUAUAGUAUCACCUGAUGCAGGUGGAGUUUAUAGGGCAAGAAAAUUUCAAGAUGGCUUAAAUCACAGAGGUAUAAGUGAGUGUGGUAUAGCAAUGUUAAUAAAACAAAGAACUAAACCAAAUGAAAUAGAAAAAAUGGACUUAGUAGGAAAUGUUUAUGACUCUGAUGUUAUUAUUGUUGAUGAUAUGAUUGAUACAUCAGGUACAUUAUGUGAGGCAGCAAAACAAUUAAAGAAGCAUGGUGCUAGAAGGGUUUUUGCUUUUGCUACUCAUGGAUUAUUUUCUGGUCCAGCAAUUGAAAGAAUUGAAAAUUCUCCCCUUGAAGAAGUUGUUGUUACAGAUACUGUUAAAUCAAAUAAAAAUAUUGAUAGCUGUAAAAAAAUUACCAAAUUAAGUGUUUCAGUUCUUGUCGCUGAUGCUAUUAGAAGAAUUCAUCAAAAAGAAUCAUUAAAUGAUCUUUUUAAUAUUAAAGGUUAA